AUGGAUACGAAUGCAAAGAUGUACGAGAAGGAAGGGCAAGAACUUGAAAAUCCAACAGAGUAUCGGCAAAUCAUCGGAAGUCUCAUAUAUUUGACGUUGACACGACCCGACAUCGCAUUUGCGGUUGGAGUCUUGAGUCGGUUCAUGCAAAAACCACGCCGACCUCACUUGUUUGCUGCUCGAAGAGUUUUGAGAUAUGUGAAGAAUUCGAUCGGUUUAGGAAUAGAGUUCAAGAGGGAGUCGAGUAUAGAGUUAAAUGGAUUUUACGAUGCGGACUAUGCAGGAGAUCCGAAUAUCAAAGAUCGACAACUGGUUACGUAUUCUUCAUUGGAAGUAGUAUGGUAUCAUGGUGUAGUAAACGUCAAGCCACGGUGUCCCUAUCAACCACUGAAGCAGAAUAUCGGGCAUCCGCGAUGGCAGCCCAAGAGGUGA